UGUAUCUCAAACUGACCUAGACUUGUUGACAGUGGUAACUGAAGAUCUACGCGUGUCUUAUUUGCUGUAUAAGCAAUAUGCACACUAGUAAUAGUUUGGAUUGCUUUAAACAAAGGAGUGGCCAUGGCAAAGUAAGAUAAAAAAAGAAGAAUGUACACCAAUAGCAUAUUUGUAUAAAAAAAAAGAAAAAAAAAGGAAGUGCAUAAACCAUCAUGCUAUCAUGACGACAAGAGAGAGAAGGCUGAGAAUGGAUAAGCGCAGUAAGAUUUUUCUUUUCGAUUUUAUCUUUGCACUAUGAGCAGAGGUCAUCAUGAAUGGGAGAAAUCAGUAGACAGUGUAUUAGAAGACUACGAUCUGUUGAAUGUUAAUCUACUGCAAGACAAGUCUAGUAUUAAUUUGUCGACGGGCAUGUUGUGGAAUGAACCUGUGCGCUGUAAGCCAUGUAUUGCCUUGUACAUUCUAUCCAUCAAUUAUCGACUCCAAGUAUAUGCACUGGACACCAUUCGAUCUUCUUUUAAGGACCCUAUCAAGACACUCAUUCAUCCUCAUGUAGAUGCAGCACUAGGCAAUUCAGAUUCACCCUUUAUUAUCAAUGCAGUCAAAGUAGGCAGUAUGUUUGGACAAGAGAUUGUGGUGACUGUAGCUGAAAAUGGAGAGAUUUGUAUAUGGAAAACAGAGGACAUACAUGCACCUCCUCUUGUCAUUCAAAAUCAUAUUUCUACUUGGGGUAUUGCUAUUCAUGAUGGCUUGUUAGCUGUCUCUGCAAACAAUUUCAAGAUCACAGUCUAUAAUAUGUCUAUGUUUAAUUUCUUUGGUCCACAACAACCCAACCUAUGGUUAGGCAACACUGAAAGGAUUGAAUUAGAAGGCCAUCAUCAUAAUAUUCCUUGUGUGGAUUUCAAUGCUACAGGUCGAUAUUUAGCUAGUGCUUCUAUUGAUGCCAGUUGCCGUAUUUGGGAUCUCAAGACAAGGCAAGAAAUCAUACAUAAAUCAUCAUCUUCAGGAGAUCAAUCAUUGUGGUAUUGGUCUGUCAAGUUUAUUCAACCGUCUACUUUAAAAUAUACUCGAUGUGUAGAUAAAGAGUUAAAUAAGGCGUUUUCGAGAAGACAUUAUCAAGGAAGGUCAACUUCUUUAUUGAAUUUGGGAUUGUGUCAUUCUGCUUCAAGUCCUGCUUAUCCUAUGUCUGUAUCUCACGAACUUGAUUUAGACGAAGAAUCCAUUGAUUUCGAGAUUUAUCAAGAUGAUGAUACACUAGAUCAAGAACUAUUGGAUAUGGAGCAAGAAUACCAAGAUUUUAUAACAAUGGGUGGAGAAGAGGAAGAAGAGGAAGAUGAAGAGGAAGAGGAAGAGGAAGAGGAAGAAGAGGAAGAGGAAGAGGAAGAGGAAGAAGAUGAAGAUGAAGAUGAAGAUGAAGAAGACGAAGAUAGUUGGGGUGAUUUGCCUUCACCGGGUGAUACAGCUAUACCUUAUGAUUUUGAUAUGGAUAGAGUACGAAAUAUGUUACAACAGCGAUUAAAUGAAACAGCAAGAGAAUCACUAAAUGACAUGGAUCAAGACAUAUCAGACAAUGAAGACGAUAGAUAUGAACUCACUCCACCACCCAAUUUACCUUCUUAUAUAAUACCUGACAUUAUCAAGACAAGACCACAGCCAACACACAGUAACCUACAAGAGUAUUUAAUGAUGACAACAGCUAAAGAUGUGAUUUUGUUGAAUUCUACUUUACCUCGCAUGAAAAAGAUUCGUGCGGAGCACAAUCUGCUUAGUAAAGUAGAUGUACGACAAGACCAACUGUUGAGUAUUCUGGACCGCAUGAAUAUGGUUGAAUGGUUGCCUGAAUUGGAGCUGUUUGUUGCAGCCAGCCAAAAAGGGACAGUGGCAUUAAUGCGCGUAUUACAAGUUGAAUUCAAUGAUGGAAUACAGCAUUGUAUGUUUAACAACGAAUGUUACCUUCCAGCCAGCGUAUUGGAAUCCACACCACUUUACGAGUAAAAGCAGAACGGUAUUCACCAGUAGCAUAUCAAAUCUUCUUGUUCUAUUAUAGUGGCAACAUACUGGCCUAUACUAUAUCGCGCAAAGAAGCAAGUAUUCAGGUAGAUAGUUUGUUUAUUUAGAAUAAACUUUCUCUCUUGCAUGAAUUUAUCGAUAUACAAAAAAGGAAAUUGAGUCACACACACAUACUUACACACUUCCCUACUGUACCAUAUCAUACUCUCCACCACCCCCUUUUAG